AUGAACAUUGACCUACCUCUCUUAAGACUGCUAUCUGCAGUAUGUCCAUUGUCCAAGAAACCUCACGGUUCUGAUUACUGGCGUAACAGCGUUGCGUCCGCCUUUCUCGAACGCAAUGAUUGGCGACUCCUGCUCAACACCAUCAUGGCAAACGUCAACUGAUCCGAAACGGCCGCAACCGCUCCAAAGGAGGCUGGCAGCCGUAUCGAACCCUAAUUCGACAUCCACAUUUGCUUCCUUGGCCUUCUUUGAAACGACUAUUUC